AUGAGCGACGGACUGUUGGAGCAGGACCCCGGGUGGCAGUACCUGCGCCAGAGUGCCGAACAGGCGUUGGCCGCGUCGACGAAGAAAUUCGACUCGAAGAAGAAUGUGUGGAUUGCCGACGCCGAGGAGGGGUUCAUCACCGCCGAGAUCAAGGCGACGAAGGGCGACAUCCUCACCGUCGUCACGGCCAACGGGGCCGAGAAGACGCUGAAGAAGGACGAUAUUCAGCAGAUGAACCCGCCGAAAUACGAGAAGACCGAGGACAUGGCCAACCUGACGUUCCUCAACGACGCGUCGGUACUGAACAACCUGCGCCAGCGCUAUUAUGCCAUGAUGAUCUAUACCUACUCCGGCCUCUUCUGCGUCGUCAUCAACCCGUACAAGCGGCUGCCCAUCUACUCGGAGUCGGUGUGCAAGAUGUACAUUGGAAAGCGGAGGAACGAGAUGCCACCCCAUCUCUUUGCCGUGUCCGACGAGGCCUAUCGCAAUAUGACAAACGAUCGCGAAAACCAGUCGAUGCUAAUCACCGGAGAGUCGGGCGCCGGAAAAACCGAGAACACCAAGAAGGUCAUCUCUUAUUUUGCGUACGUCGGCGCCAGCCAGAGCUCCGCCCCGAAAAACAAGGACAAGAAAAACGCGUCGCUGGAGGAUCAGAUCGUGCAGACGAACCCGGUGUUGGAGGCGUUCGGAAACGCCAAAACGGUGCGCAACAACAACUCAUCCCGCUUCGGCAAGUUCAUCCGCAUCCACUUCAACACGGCCGGCAAGCUGGCCGGCGCCGACAUUGAGCACUACUUGUUGGAAAAGUCGCGCGUCAUCAAGCAGGCACCAGGAGAGCGCUGUUACCAUAUCUUCUACCAGCUGUACUCCGAUGGGGUGGCCGGGACCAGGGAUAAGCUUCUUCUGAAGAGGCCGCUGAAAGACUACCACUUUGUCGCCCAGGCCGAGCUGACCAUCGAGGGGGUCGACGACAAGGAGGAGAUGAUGCUCACGGAUGAAGCCUUUGACAUUAUGAAGUUCACCCAAACCGAGAAGGACCAACUUUUCGCAGUGACUGCAGGCCUGAUGCACAUGGGCGAGAUGAAAUUUAAGCAGCGCCCGCGCGAGGAGCAGGCCGAGGUCGAGGACUGCAGCGAGGGUGAGCUCGCCUGCAAGCUGUACGACUGCGACUUUGAAAAGUUUGUGCAGGCGCUGCUCAAGCCGCGCGUCAAGGUCGGCACCGAGUGGGUGAACAAGGGGCAGAACUUGGAGCAGGUCAACUGGGCCAUUGGGGCCCUGGCCAAGGCGCUAUACGCUCGCAUGUUCGCCUGGCUUAUCACGCGGUGCAACAAAACCCUGGAUGCCCACGAGCUGGCCCGCGACCAUUUCAUCGGAGUGCUCGAUAUCGCUGGAUUUGAGAUUUUUGAUCUGAACUCCUUCGAGCAGCUGUGGAUCAACUUUGUGAACGAGAAGCUCCAGCAGUUCUUCAACCAUCACAUGUUCGUCCUCGAGCAGGAGGAGUACCAGCGCGAGGGCAUCAAGUGGGAAUUCAUCGACUUUGGGCUUGACCUCCAGGCUUGCAUCGAGCUGAUCGAAAAGCCUCUCGGCAUCAUUUCGAUGCUUGACGAGGAGUGCAUCGUCCCGAAGGCCACCGACAUGACCUUGGCGCAGAAGCUGAACGACCAGCACCUCGGCAAACACCCCAACUUCCAGAAGCCAAAGCCGCCGAAGGGAAAACAGUCUGAAGCCCACCUGGCCAUCGUCCACUACGCCGGCACCGUGCGCUACAACGUCAAGGCGUGGCUGGAGAAGAACAAGGACCCGCUGAACGACACCGCCGUCACCGUCCUCAAGGCCAACAAGGGCAACGAGCUGAUGAGGGAACUCUGGGCCAACUACGACACCCAGGAGGACAUCGCCAACGCGGCGAAGGACGGCAAGAAGGCCGCGCCUGGGAAGAAGAAGGCUAGUUUUUCUUCAAAAAUCCCUGCUAGCGGCAAAUCGGCCUCAUUCCAAACGGUCUCGAUGAUGUACAGGGAGUCGCUGAACAAGCUGAUGAACAUGCUGCACCAGACGCACCCCCACUUCAUCCGCUGCAUCAUCCCCAACGAGCAGAAGAAGGCUGGCGUCAUCGACGCGAAUCUGGUGCUCAACCAGCUGACGUGCAACGGUGUGCUCGAAGGUAUCCGUAUCUGCCGCAAGGGAUUCCCCAACCGUAUGCCAUACCCCGAUUUCAAGCAGAGAUACGCCAUCCUUGCCGCUGACGCGGCCAAGAAUGCGCUUGAUGACGUCGCUGCUGGGAAGGGCAUCAGCGAGGAGCUGCUCAAGAAGGGGUCCCUCAAGCCGGAGGAGUUCCAGCUUGGCCAGACGAAGGUGUUCUUCAAGGCGGGCGUGCUGGCCCACCUGGAAGAGCUGCGCGACGAGGCGCUGAGCGUCAUCAUGACCAAGUUCCAGUGUGCCUGCCGGCACUAUUUGGCCCAAUGCGAAUACAAGCGGAAGCUCGAUCAGAAGGUCGGACUCAUCGUCGUGCAGCGCAAUGUGCGCGCCUGGUGCACGCUGCGCAGUUGGAAGUGGUUCUCGCUGUUCUCCCGCGUCAAGCCGCUGAUCAAGGGCAACAAGAAGGACGAGGAGUUCGAGGCGCUCGAGAAGAGAUGCAAGGAGCUGGAGGAAAGCUACGCCAAGGAGGAGCGCUCCCGCAAAGAUCUCGAAGCCGAUCUGGCGCGUAUGCAAAGCGAGAAACAGGCCUUGGCCAUGCAGCUCGAGCAGGAGCGCGACACCUCGGCUGAAGGGGAGGAGCGCUCGGCAAAGUUGCUGGCCCUCAAGGCAGAUUUGGAGAAGAAGAACGCCGACCUGAACGACCAGCUAGCUGACCAGGAGGACAAGUACAAUGCGUUGCAAAAGACGAAGAAGAAGGUCGAAGGCGACAACGACAAUCUGAAAAAGAACGUCCAGGACCUGGAGACGACCAUCAAAAAGCAGGAAACGGAAAAGCAAGCCAAAGACCACCAGAUACGCUCCCUUCAAGACGACAUUGCCAGCCAGGACGAGGUCAUUGCCAAGAUCACGAAGGAGCGGAAGCACCAGGAGGAGGUGAACCGGAAGCUGCUGGAGGACAUCCAGGCCGAGGAGGACAAGGUCAACCACCUCAACAAGACCAAGAGCAAGCUGGAGAGCGCACUCGAUGAGCUGGAGGACAAUUUGGAGCGUGAGCGCCGCCACCGCCAGGACAUCGAGAAGCAGCGCCGAAAGCUGGAGGGCGAAUUCAAGAUGGCCCAAGAGACGAUCGAGGAGCUGACCCGCCUUCGUCAUGAGCAGGAGGCCGCCAUGAAGAAGAAGGACGUCGAGAUUCACAACAUUACGAACCGACUGGAGGACGAGCAGAGCUUGGUUAACAAGCUCCAGAAGCAGAUCAAGGAGCUGCUCGCCCGAAUCCAGGAGCUCGAGGAGGAGCUGGAAGCCGAACGCAACGCCCGCGCCAAGGCCGAGCGCGCCCGCGCCGAUAUGCAACAAGAGCUCGAGGAGCUGGGCGACCGUCUCGACGAGGCUGGAGGAAACACCCAGGCCCAGAUGGAGCUCAACAAGAAGAGGGAGGCCGAGCUGCAGAAAUUGAGGCACGACGUCGAGGAGGCGAGCCUCGUGCAGGAGCAGGCAAUGGCCGGGCUCAGGAAGAAGCACCAGGACGCUGUGGCUGAACUCACCGAACAGCUCGAGACGCUGCAAAAGAGCAGGGCCAAGCUCGAGAAGGACAAGGCACAGAUUCAUAGGGAAGCCGAAGAGCUGCAGAACCAAGUCGACGUCGAGGGCAAACACCGCCAGAACGCCGAGCGGCUCGCCAAGCAGCUGGAGGCGCAGCUAACCGAGCUGCAGCUCCGCAGCGAUGAGCAACAGCGCACCAACCAAGAGCUGCAGUCGCAAAAGUCGAGACUCCACACCGAGAACACCGAUUUGAACCGACAACUCGAAGAUGCCGAGUCGCAGCUCUCCCAGCUCAACCGCAUCAAGUCGCAGUUGAACAGCCAGCUGGAGGAGCUGAAGCGCCAGCUUGAGCAGGAGGCCCGUGAGCGCCAACAAGCGCAUAUUCAGGCGUCGAACUACCAGCUGGAGUGCCAGCAACUACGCGAGGCGCUCGAGGAGGAGCAAGACGGGAAGACCGAGCUGCAGAGACUCAUUUCAAAGGCCAACGCCGAAGCGCAGCAAUGGCGUGCCCGCUACGAGGGCGAGGGCAUGAACCGCGCCGAGGAGCUCGAGGAGGCACGUCGUCGCCUCCAGUCGAAGCUCAACGAGAUGCAGGAAUCCGUCGAAUCGCAUCAGCAGAAGAUCUCCACCCUCGAAAAAGUGCGCCAACGCCUCACCCAGGAACUCGAAGACGCCCAGGUCGACGCUGACCGCGCCAACUCCAUCGCCAGUUCGCUGGAGAAGAAGCAAAAGGGCUUCGAUAAGGUGAUCGACGAGUGGAAGCGGAAGUGUGAUGUCCUCGUUCACGAGCUCGACUCGGCCCAACGGGACCACAGGAACGCCAGCACCGAGGUGUUCCGGCUGAAGAGCCAGCUCGAGGAGGCCAAUGAGCAGGUGGACGCCGUGCGCCGUGAGAACAAGGGUAUGGCCCAGGAGCUGAAGGACAUUGCCGACCAGCUCGGAGAGGGUGGAAAGAGUGUACAUGAUCUGCAGAAGAUUCGCAGGAGGCUCGAGGUGGAGAAGGACGAGCUUCAGCAGGCCCUUGAUGAAGCCGAGACGGCGCUCGAGGCCGAGGAGAACAAGGUGAUCCGCGCCCAGGUCGAGCUCAGCCAAGUGCGCAACGAGAUCGAGAAGCGGCUGCAAGAGAAGGAAGAGGAAUUCGAAAACACGCGCAAAAACCACGCGCGUGCCCUCGAGUCGAUGCAGGCGAGCCUGGAGACGGAGAGCCGGGGCCGCACCGAGCUGCUGCGCACAAAGAAGAAGCUCGAGACGGACAUCAACGAGCUCGAGGUGGCGCUCGACCAUGCGAACAAGGCAAACGCCGACGCGCAGAAGACGAUCAAGCGCUACGGGGAGACGGUGAAGGACAUGCAGGUGCAGAUGGACGAGGAGCAGCGGGUGCGCGAGGAGCUCAAGGAUACGGCGCACAUCGCGGAGCGGAGGGCGCAGAUCUUGCAAGCUGAGAAGGAAGACCUCGUCAACGCAUAUGAGGGGGCCGAACGUGCCCGGCGGCAGAUCGAGCUCGAGAUCCACGAGAUCAAAGAGACAGCCUCCUCAUUUGCGUCCACGAAUGCAGCGCUCACGGCGCACAAGCGGAAACUGGAGGGCGAGAUUCAGCAACUGCAAGCCGAGGUGGGCGAGGCGCUCGGGGAGCUGAAGGACGCCGACGAUCGGCAGAAGAAGGCGAUGCAGGACGCCGCCAAGUUGGCCGAGGAGCUCCGCCAGGAACAAGAACAUUCCAACGCCAUUGAGCGCCAGCGGAAAGCAUUGGAGACGCAAGCCAAGGAGAUGCAAGGGCGUCUCGAGGAAGCGGAAGCGCACGCGAUGAAGGGCGGAAAGCGGAACAUCCAGAAGCUGCAGGACCGCGUCAGGGAGCUCGAGAUGGAGCUCGACUCGGAGGGACGCAGGCAUGGGGAGACGGCCAAAAACUAUCGGAACAAGGACAGACGGUGUCGCGAGCUGCAGUUCCAGGUCGAUGAGGACAAGAAGACAGCCGAGCGAAUGUACGACCUCGUCGAGAAGCUGCAGAACAAGAUAAAGACUUACAAGCGCCAAAUCGAGGAAGCCGAAGGCCUCGCCACCGCCAACCUCAACAAGUACCGCCAGCUGCAGCACCAGCUCGAGGACGCCCAAGAGCGGGCCGAGUCGGCGGAGAACAGCCUGCAAAAGAUUCGGAUCAAGAGCCGCUCAGGCUCCGUCGUCUUUGGGCGUGGCCUGUCGCAUUCGAUGUCGACGGCGGCGGUGACGCUGGGGCGCGGCGGCUCGCGCUCCAUCCUCGACGAGGAGUUUACCGGCGAGGAA